UGCGGCGCGGCGCGCGCGGGCGCAGGAAUGUGCGUUACGGUUAAAUAGUGGGCGCAGGGGCGGCCGCCGCGGCGGUUCGGGGCCGGCGGCGGUGCCGGUGCCGGUGUCUCUUCAACGGCUGAACCGGGCCAAGCCGGGUCGAGCCGAGCGGGGCGGCGAGGGAGCCUCCAUGGCGCGGCGCGGCUGCUGGGGCGGUGGCAGCGGCGUGGCGCUGCUGUGACAGGAGCUUGGCAGCUGGACUGGCCUUUCCUCCUACCCCGCUCCCCAGCCCGGGGGGAGGCCCCGCGCCGGCGUCCCGGGGGGCGCGGCGGCGCUCGGAGAGCGGAGCCGUGGCAGCAGCAGCGGCGGCGGCCGGGGGCAGCCGGCGUGUCACCGCCUCUAUGAUGAAAUUUAAGCCGAACCAGACGCGGACGUACGACCGGGAGGGCUACAAGAAGCGGGCGGCGUGCCUCUGCUUCCGCAGCGAGCGGGAGGACGAGGUGCUGUUGGUAAGCAGUAGCCGAUACCCAGAUCAGUGGAUUGUACCGGGUGGAGGAAUGGAACCAGAAGAAGAGCCAGGGGGAGCAGCCGUCAGAGAGGUGUAUGAAGAGGCUGGAGUAAAGGGAAAGCUAGGGAGACUGCUUGGGAUAUUUGAGCAGAACCAGGAUCGGAAGCAUAGGACAUAUGUUUAUGUUCUUACUGUGACGGAAAUACUGGAAGACUGGGAGGAUUCAGUUAAUAUAGGAAGGAAAAGAGAAUGGUUUAAAGUAGAAGACGCAAUCAAGGUCCUUCAGUGUCACAAGCCUGUUCAUGCAGAGUACUUGGAAAAACUGAAACUGAGCUGUUCACCCACUAAUGGAAACUCUGUGGUUCCCCCUCUUCCAGAUAAUAACUCCUUAUAUGUCACUUCUGCACAGACUUCUGGGUUGCCCUCUACUGUGAGAUAAACAUUUGGAUUACCUUUUUAUUCGUGUCAUCGCAAGGGGAGACAUCUGUGAUCACAUGUAGGCAUCUGUAUAACUGUCAAUUCUAAGUGAAAUAUGUGAAUGUGUCAUAAUGUCAAAUUUAUUUUAACAUGUUUUUCCUUUUUAACAGUGUAAAAUAGUAUUUCAGCAAACCAAAGCCAUAUAUGGAUUUUUUUAAGAUGCCUUAAUAGGCCAUUUUUUUUAAAAAAUAAAAAAAAAGAAAACUGAGUAUAUAAAUUUCCAUAUCUGCUAAAAUAAAAUAUGCAUCUCA